UCUUAGCUGGUUUCAAACAGUGGGCCAUGCACGUUUCCUUCUCUUCUAUUCUCUUCUCUUCGAUCUCUUCUCUCCUCUCCUCUCUCUCCCUCUCUCCUCCAUGGCCUUAUAUACGAACCUUCCCUCCCUCUUUCCUCCCACACACACAACAAAUCCUCUCUCUCUUCCAAUCCGCAAUCAAACACUUUUUGAGAGAUGGCCAAACUAGUGAAGCUUACAAAGCUCAAGUCGGCCAUAAAAAGAUGGCCCUCGUUCACCAAGCUCGCCCGCACCACCAGCUCCGUAGCAGCGGCAAACGAAUCCGACGAGGCCUCGAAGGACCAACUACAUGCAGUUUACGUAGGAAAGUCUCGGCGGCAAUACCUCGUAAGAUCAGAGAUCGUUGACCACCCUCUUUUUCAGGAGCUGGUGGACAAGACAUCGGCGGGUGAAUACGAUGGUGGGGUAGCGGUUGCUUGCGAGGUAGUGCUGUUCGAGCACUUGUUAUGGAUGCUUGAGAAUGCCGAGACUCAGAUGGGGUCCACAGAUGAGCUUGUCGAGUUCUACAGUACUACUUGCUGAAUUUGACAACGGUGGGCUGCGAUGGCGGAUGAUUCAAAAUCCAACGACAAGAUAGAAUGAAUUAGUUGUAUAGAUAUUAAAGUACUAGCUAGGGUUGGCACGUUGUUAAUUAGUCGUGUGUAAUAUUUGUUUGGCUGUUCCAUGAGGAUUAACCCAUUUUAUUUUAACGGCUGGGGAUUUUGAUGAUCAUGUUCAAGAUCAAAUACUACUUGAUUAGCUAGCUAGCUAGCUGCAGGCUGCAGCUUGUAAUGAGUUCCUAUUCUUCGUUAUAAACAUCAAAUAUGUCGAUUGAGCAACCACUUAAUUUACUCGACGGUUUGCUUGUUA